CAUUUGACGUGGUAGGAUAUCCUUUAUUAAAGUCAAUAAACACUUCAUUAAUCCCAGCAAGUGCCAUUUCAGUCGGAUCGUAAUGUGAUAGUGAGUGUACCGAAGGAUCGAAACCUAAAUAAGUUAAGUAGCAGUCAUUUUGAUUCCUGAAUUUCAUCAACUAAUUGUGUUUGCUCAACAAUUGACUGCUGGGGAUAUUCAGUGGCUUUCGGGUCUUAGAUUGAACUAUUAUAGUUGCUGUCGGUGUGUAGGAAGAAACUCAGUGGUUUGCAGUGUGUGGGUUCGGGAGUUUUUGGCCAUACUCAGAACUGUGCUGUACUUACCGAGUGUGGAGUGACUGGUGGCUGUGUAGGAGUUGCAAGUGGCAGAGAAGUAUUUUCCAAGAUCCCACUUCAUGUCAUGAGCUGACGGUGGAAAAACAAACUAAAACAACAAAAAUGACUGACCGGAUGGAAGCGAUGAAGGAGUUUGACGAAAACACACUUAAACUGAACCGUCACGAAGAAAUUGAAUUGCCGGCUCUUACCAGUGUUCCAAAUUUAGUGAAUCAAAUAGAUUAUUCAAAAAACUCAGGUCCAAACCACGAUCGGGGGACAUGGAGUAGUAAACUAGACUUCAUUUUAUCCGUAGUAGGUUUGGCGAUAGGUUUAGGCAAUGUGUGGAGAUUUCCAUACCUGUGUUAUAAGAAUGGAGGGGGAGCUUUUCUCGUCCCGUAUUUCAUUACCUUAAUUUUAGCCGGAAUACCCAUGUUUUUCAUGGAACUAGCCCUUGGUCAAAUGCUGACGAUAGGUGGCCUUGGAGUGUUCAAGAUUGCGCCGAUUUUCAAAGGAAUUGGAUAUGCAGCUGCAGUGAUGUCAUGCUGGAUGAACAUCUACUACAUUGUUAUUCUAGCAUGGGCCAUUUUUUAUUUUUUUAUGUCCCUUCGAGCAGAUGUCCCAUGGAGAUCUUGCAACAACUACUGGAAUACAGAGUUCUGUGUGAAUCCCUACGACAGGAAAACACUGAGUUGUUGGGAGAAAUACAACCCAAACAACACUUUCACUAAAGUUUGUCAACUUAAACAAUUCAAUGUCUCAGUGAAUGAUCUCACUGAUCCCGUCAAGGAAUUCUGGGAGCGACGUGCUCUUCAAAUUUCCGAUGGAAUUGAACACGUCGGUUCAAUCCGAUGGGAGUUAGCUGGAACCCUGCUUCUAGUCUGGAUCAUCUGUUACUUCUGCAUCUGGAAAGGCGUGAAAUGGACUGGAAAAGUGGUGUAUUUCACAGCUCUUUUUCCUUACGUCCUUCUGAGCGUUCUGCUGAUACGGGGUAUCACUUUACCAGGAGCCAUGGAGGGAAUCCGGUUUUACAUCAUGCCCAAUAUGUCAAAGCUGACACAGUCAGAAGUCUGGAUUGAUGCCGUUACCCAAAUUUUCUUCUCGUACGGGUUAGGUUUGGGCACACUCGUCGCUUUGGGCAGUUACAAUAAAUUCACCAACAAUGUCUAUAAAGACGCUUUGAUCGUAUGUUCUGUCAACUCCAGUACGAGUAUGUUUGCCGGCUUCGUCAUAUUUUCUGUCGUUGGAUUCAUGGCCCACGAACAACAAAGGCCUGUUGCUGAUGUUGCUGCUUCAGGACCUGGUCUAGCCUUUUUGGCAUACCCGUCGGCAGUGCUACAAUUACCAGGAUCACCACUAUGGGCUUGCUUGUUUUUCUUCAUGAUCCUUCUCAUCGGUCUUGAUUCGCAGUUUUGUACCAUGGAAGGCUUUGUGACAGCGGUGGUUGACGAGUGGCCGGCAUUGCUGAGAAAGAGGAAAGAAAUAUUCAUCGCUAUCGUCUGCUUUCUUUCCUACCUUGUUGGAUUAUCAUGCAUAUCUCAGGGUGGUAUGUAUGUUUUCCAGAUUCUAGAUUCGUAUGCAGUCAGUGGAUUCUGCUUACUAUUUCUGAUCUUCUUUGAAUGCAUAGCGAUUUCCUGGGCUUUUGGUGUUAACAAGUUUUAUGAUGGGAUCAAGGAAAUGAUUGGCUACUACCCAAUCAGCUGGUGGAAAUUCUGCUGGACAAUAGCCACCCCUUUCAUAUGUGUGAGUGUGUUCUUCUUCAAUUUGAUUCAGUGGGCUCCAGUCAAAUACUUAAACUAUGAAUUUCCUCUGUGGGCUCAUCUUUUUGGUUGGAUGACUGCAUUAACCUCCAUGUUGUGUAUACCAGGGUACAUGAUCUACAUCUGGCGUGUGACUCCGGGAGAUAGGCAGACGAAAAUGCGCCUGCUCGUCAGAAUAGACGACGAUAUCCCAACCAUCAGGGCCAAGAUGCACCAGAAUAUAUCACCAUCAUCAGUUUAGUUGUUCUGAGUUCAGAUUUUUCGACGUGACUAAUUUAUCAACGUUUUUACUUCGUACGAGAUCUUGAUGAACUACACCUCUCGCGAUGCUACAGACCAUGUUUCUUGUACUCCAUAGUUCAUGAUGCCAAAAACAAUUUUUGUACGUUUUGUGUAACUUUUACCUUUUUAUGAUUAGGUAUUUAUUUCAGCGUAAUCGACAAUAGGUUAUGAAUAAUGGGAGCAAGUACCUCUAGGAUAUAGUACAAAUGUCUUCUGUACAUAUUAAUUUAUAUUUUUGCAAAUGGUCACAAACGGUAAAUUCAAAAAAUGUAAAUAGGUUUAGUGUUAGCAUACUUAAAAAAGUAAUGUUUCUAUCAAUAGCCUUUCGAAUUAGUUUGUAAUUGAGUAAUGUAGAGUAUACAUUUCUGAAAUUAUUAUCUGUUAUGUUGAAUCUUUUUUAUGUUAUACAAUGCGAACGUUGAAAAGUCCCCUUCUUCAACUUUUGAACGGUACAAGAAAUUCAGGUCAGAUAAGAAAGACAAUAGUGUUGCCCCAUUCGUUAUAGAGAGGACGCUACCAUAUUUUCUCCCAAACGUAAAGGUGGUUUUGUGAUACCUCAUUUGAACGGUAUUCUAAUUCAAUAUACAACACAAUGGAUCACCAUCCACUGACGACAAUAAAGUAACUUUGCAAAUUUAUUUUCCAGAAUUUGAAAUGUUUUUGGGUUGAUUUCGCUGCAAGCGCCUCGUUUUACACCCAAAAGCUCUGAAAUGAACUGCGGUUGUGUAUGUCACGAAUUUCCUCAAAAACAUCUAGAGGCGUCAUAUCAGGUGAUCUAGUGGGCCGUUCCAGGGUUCACUGGAUCAGUUUUCAACUGAUCCAAUAACAGUCAGUACCAUUAUAACAAUUUGGUUCGAAAGUGGCUCGCUAGAGCACCUGAUUCGUGAAAUGUAAAGUAUACGUUACACAAUCGUAGUGUAUUCCUGAGCUCAUGGACAGAAUAAAAGUUGCUCCUAACGAAAUUACUCAGAAACAUUCCAUAACGUAGGAAAUGUACUGGUGAUUCUUGAAACGAAUAUAUAACUGUUGAUUUCUCAGGAACAGCUGAUCCGAUUUCUAAAAAUGAAACAGUGUUGGAUAGUAAAUUGAAAUACCGAUUAAACGAACUAUUACUAAACUCUCAUUUCGAUUUCAAACAAGAGUUGGAAGUGCCAUCUCGGCGACAAUACAACAUUAUUGUCUUUCUUACAUAAAAGUACUAAAAGUGAUACCAUUUCACAUACAUCUUGUUCCAUUCAAAAGUUGAGUGGGGAGGACUUUUUCUAUACAUCUCUUAUGAAAUCAUGCUGUUGGUCCUUGGUAAAGGAUAAAAGAACUGGGGCCAAACGACUAGUUCAUUUAUCAAAUCUUUCGCUAUUCUAGAAAGCCAACAAGUCUGAUUUUAUUUAGAGAAGGUUUAUUAUUUUUAGUUUAACGUAUGGUUGCGUAUGUCCAGAGCAGCAAUAAACAAAACAUCCUUACUACUAUUUUCAAUUCCACUUAUAAAAUCAUAUUUAUGAUGAAAUUUUUUGACGAAAAAUGAACACUUCUUAGACAGUCAUUGAAUGUCAAUGGUUGUUUACUAAUUGUACGAAACUAGUUGCUUUUAAAUCAACACAGAAUAUCAGAGCUUUAUGUAUGAUUCAGUUUAUUAUUGUCAAUAAAAAUUUGCUUAAUA